CAGAGGCAACCAGCAGCCCUGAGCCUGACUAAGCCGCUCAGCUUGGCCUUCUUGGUCACCAUGGCAACAGCCUCUCUGACUCCCCGAUGGGCCGCCCUCCUGAUCCCACUCUUGGUGCUCGGGGUACCCACUGAGGAGCCUGCACCUGAGAUACCUUCCCCAGCCCCAGGGGGCUGCCAGCAAUGCUGCCAAGGAUCAGAGUCCCUAGACCCUUCAGGGGCCAGUCCAUCUGCUGUCCCCUACGUGCUGCCUGAGGUGAGACCCUACAUCAACAUUACCAUCCUGAAGGGAGAUAAGGGGGACCGGGGUCCCUUUGGGAUGCCAGGGAAGAUGGGCAAGGAAGGUUCCCGCGGGGAACGAGGCCCUCAGGGCCCCAAAGGGGCCAAAGGCCAGGCGGGCAGCCCAGGGGAGCCGUGCCAGGCGCAGUACUCGGCCUUCUCUGUGGGCCGCAAGAAGGCCCUGCACAGCACUGAGGACUAUCAGCCCCUGCUCUUUGACACGGUCUUCGUGAACCUGGACGGCCGAUUCGACAUGUUCUCCGGCCACUUCUCGGCCCCUGUCGCCGGCAUCUACUACUUCAGCCUCAAUGUCCACACCUGGAAUUUCAAGGAGACCUACCUGCACCUGAUGCGCAACGAGGAGCCCACCGUCAUCCUGUACGCGCAGCCCAGCGACCGCAGCAUCAUGCAGAGCCAGAGCGUCCUGCUGCAGAUGGCCUCCGGUGACCGUGCCUGGGUGCGCCUCUUUAAGCACCAGCGAGAGAAUGCCAUCUACAGUGAUGAGGUGGACACCUACAUCACCUUCAGCGGCCACCUCAUCAAGCCAGGGGAUGAGUGA